AUAAAGACAAACAAAUGGCAAGAAAAAGUCCAAACUAUGGCCAAAGGAGGAGAUAGAGCUCCUCACAGCUGUCUAGUCUCCGGUUUUGGCUCGCAAACUACCGAUUUUUUUUUUACCCCUCUUCCCCGCCGUACUCUCGUAUUAUUAUUUUCCUGUAAAUUUCCCGCAUACAAGUCCAUACUAAUCACCAUUUCACAAACACGACACAUAACAAUGUGUUCAGAAGGUUAGUUACAGUGUUCUGUAAACAGCUGAAAGCAGAAUGAAGUUCAGUUGGAUUGGAAGAGACUAGCGUGAGAUGACUGUUACCACCUCCCGUCCUCUAAGGGGCAGUAUGUGAGAGGUGGAGCCUUAUUUUGAAAGGUUCAAGCGGAAGUUGUAGUUGAAUUAGCCAGGGAGCGCAUGAAUAGAAUGUUUUGGCGUCAUGGCUGCGCACGGCAACAAGUUUAUUCGCCUCCGCUUGUUUUUUGACUACCCGCCCCCGGCCGUCGUGGGGUGCCGCAUGUGCUGGCUGCUCGUGGACCUGAAUUCGUGCCGCGUGGUGGCCGAUCUGGAGAGCGUCAUCCGGGAGAAGUUUGAGUUCAGCCGCAGCAGCAUCCUGAGCCUGUUCAUAGAGGACUGCUACCUGCCGCACACAGAGAGCAUCUACGUGGUGCGGGACAACGACAACGUCAGGGUGAAGGUGGAAUGUCUGGCUCAGGUGAAUGGACACAGCGGCUGUCCAGAGACGGUUGCUGUGUCCUGCAAGAAGAGACAGAGAGACACCGCAGAGGGACCGAUCGUAGAGCACAAGAAGAAGAAGAAGAAGAGGAACGAGCUGGAGGACGGCACGGCAGAUGUGUCAGAUUUAGCUAAAAAUGAUCAUGGGAAUAAGAUGUUAGAAAUAAAGAUGUCUGCGAAGAAGAAGAAGAAGAGGAGGAAGAGGACAGUGAAGUCAGUGGACAGAAGCCAUCCUGCGCUCCCUGAAGCUGCUGCAGCCUCACACAAGCCCUCCAGCCCUGACAAAACGCCAGCAGGGAAAGUGAAAACACAGAAUGUCCCCUCAUCAGGCCCCAGCAGCAAUGGCGAUAAAGCUUGUCAUCAAAAAGUAGCCAAGAAAUCCAGCGCCUCUCCUGCUGCUUCAGAGGGAGCGCCACGCCAGAAACCCAGCUCCGAAAAAUCUCGGCCUUCUUCCUCAUCUGUGUCUUCACAAACAGACUCCUCCUCGGAUGAGGCCGACGCUUUAAAAGUCCCAGCCAGAACCAAAGCUUUGCAUCCCGACACCAGCAGCUCCAAGGCUGCAGCUCAGAACCAGAACCAGAACCAGAACCAGGCGCCCAGCACAGAGCGGCCGCCGCUCAACCGAGACAGUGAAGAAGAGAUCCAGCUGGUUAUCCGCCGGCCGCAGCAGACUCUCCUGAACAUCCCCGGCCCGGGGGCCUGGAGGGGCCUCAGUAGGGGCCAGGACAGGAGGUGGGCCGAAGGGGAUCCUGGAGAGUGCCCCGGGGUCAGAGGUCAAAGUGACGUGGAGCAAUUCGGGAAUGGCACAAAGGAGCCCUCUUACCAGACUGACUCUCUGAGCAACAAGUCUGUUGUUCUGCAGAAUGAAGCAGAACCCGUCCCGAAGGACUACAGCUCCAUGCCGCUGCUGGCUGCCCCGCCCCAGGUGGGCCAGAGGAUCGCCUUCAAGUUGCUGGAGCUAACAGAGAACUACACACCAGAAGUAUCUGAAUAUAAGGAGGGAAAGAUUAUCAACUUUGACCCGACGACCAAACAGAUUGAGUUGGAACUUCUUAAUGCCUCGCAAGCUCCUGCUGAACCAGGCAAGUUUGACCUGGUCUAUCAGAAUCCAGACGGCUCAGAGAGAGUGGAGUACGCCAUACAGAGAGGAUCUUCGGUUAUGGAACGUUGGGACUCUCUGCUGGAGCCAAGACUCAUCAUUUAAACACAAGAACUUACAUUCACUUUGUUUAUUAGAUUAAAUAAAUUUACUUUUCUUAAAGUAAA